AUGGCACGGUGCUCGCGCGCUUGGCUCACACUGAUUCUUCUCGCUUGUGCCCUUGUGCAGAGCUCUUACGGCUCGAGACCAUCUCCAAUGGGGUUGCAGAAGCCCGGGGUCGUGUCUCCGACGAUGGUUCACGGCGCCGCUGAACCACGCCCCCACGACGACGGGGCGACCAUAGUCCCGCCCUCCACGGAGGAGGGUGCGACCGGUCAUGGUGGUGUUGUAGCAACUUCGGCGCUGACGGGCGGUGGUGUUGUGUCGUCGGAGCAGAGGAAGGGUACAGACGUGCCGGUGCUGCAGCAGGCGCUGGGAAGGAUGCUGGGCUCGAAGAUGGCGCGCCGGGUCCUGGGAGGGGAGGCGGAGGACUCGGCGGCGGGGCCGUCGUGCCACUCCAACAACGCGCACAUCACCUGUGCCCCGCCGGCGCAGCACUGA